CAUCAUAAAUCCAACUCAUUCCAACACACCACUUCCUUAUAACCAACCCCACACCACCCCCAUAUAAUCUCCACCACCACCACACAUCACCACCCAUACACCACCAUGGCUUCCCCUCUCAUUCUCCUAACUCUCACCACCCUCCUCUUCCACCUCCCCUCCACCCUCUCCCAAUCCGCCCCCGCCCCCGGGCCAGCCGGCCCAAUUAACAUAACCGCCAUCCUCGUUGGUGGCGGCCAAUUCAACUCCUUCCGCCGCCUCCUCAACGAAACCCGAGUACUCGACCAACUCCCCAACCAACUCAACAACUCGAACCAAGGCAUGACCAUAUUCGCACCGACCGAUAACGCCUUCCAAAACCUUCCCGCGGGCACCCUUAACGGCCUCUCAGAGGAGAAGAAAGUGAAACUUGUAUUGUACCAUGUCCUACCAAAGUUCUACAGCAUGGAUGAUCUUGUUACCGUCAGCAACCCGGUUCCCACGCAGGCCGGCAGUAGCCGCGGGAGCUUGGGUUUGAAUUUUACCGGUAGGGCGAGCCAAGUGAACGUGUCCACCGGAGUCGUUGAGACGCAGAUCAAUAAUGCUUUGAGGAAGGAUUUUCCUCUAGCGGUGUACGUGGUUGAUAAAGUGUUGUUGUUUCAGGAGGAUGCUCCGGCGCCUGAGGGGGCUUCUUCCCCACCCGGGACGAAGCCCUCAGCUAAGGCGCCGAGCUCCCCUGCUGCGGACGGUGACGGGGCCACCCCGUCCAAGAAUGGAGGUGGAAGGAUUGUGGAUAUGGGGAUGGGUUUAGUUGGAGGUCUUGUGCUGUUUUGCAUGGCUUUUUUGUAAGGUGAUUUUUUAUUGGUUUUGAAUUAUUUGUUUAUCAUGUUCAUGUUAUUUAUUUUAUUGUUCACACUGUUUUAUAUUUUGUUUUGUAUUUUUUUAUGAGUAAUAAUAAAAUUCGAUUCAAGAUUGAGAUUGAUCAUA